AUGAAGGCUGAAAGUAUAAUGAUUCCUAAGAAACAGCUCGCUGAAAAAUUUAGAUAACCAUUAAAUACCUCUAGAUAAACAUCAAACUAUCUUUCUGAUAAGCACAAGAUACAAAGCCAGAUAUAGGCUACAGAGAAGAAUUUCUCAAACAUACUGGUGAGAGACCGAAUGCUGCAAAUAAAUCAACACAACUUAAAAAAGAAGUAGCCAGACAUCAUUAUUGAACUUGAAGAGACUCAGAAUAAAUUACCUUCAAAGUUUUUAAAAAAUGCCAGUUUUGGCGUCAAAAACAUUUCCUUCACAGAAAAUCACAGCUUUGAUCUGAAAUCAUCUGUUUCUUAAGAUAGUAGCUCUGGCUAAUUCGAAAUUAACCCACUAUAAAGUGCAAGCAAUCAUGGAUCUGGAAAUUUUCUUAAAUAACCCAUUAAUAAGAAUGAAUUAUUAUAGUAUACACCAUAGCCAGAGAGGUGCAAUAAUAAUGAUCUAUUUGAUAAAAAUGGUUUUUUUAAAUUCAACUUUUAGCAGUAAAUCACAGAGAAUUUCAACGAAAAGCAGAAUGAUGACUAUGAAGUUUACAGCAUCAAAAGCUUAUCUAAUAAUAAUCUUAACAAUAUCUAUCAUAAUGAGUCAUCUCGAUCUAUAAUUCCUUAUUGUGCAAGUAACUAGCCUACUAGUAAUUAAAAGAAAAUUGGAAGUGAGAGGAUGAGCAUAAUUAUGCAAGAAAUAGAAAUGCAAGGGCUCAACCUCAUCAAAGAAGAUUAACUUGAAUACAUUCCUACUUAUCGUCAGACAUCAACUUUCAAAAGAGAGGAAACUGAAGAAAUGGCCGAUUAAGAUAUUGAUGAAGAUGUUUAAAAGAACUAAGUAUCAUAACCCUAUAUGAACCAAUUUAAUAUGAUCUCUUUAUUGAAAGUAGUACAUAGAAAUAGCGACUUUAAUGUUAGUAGAUAGUAAACAAGUGAGACUACAUAUACGAAGGAUAAACUCUAUAGCAAUGGAGUUAGAAGUGGUGCUUAUACACUGAAGGGGCAAUAUGAUACUGAUUCAACUGAUAUUUAGACCCCCCUAUAUUCAUAGGUAAACUAGCAUUAUUUUUAAUCUAUUUAUUAGUAAAAGUUCAGAGCAAUAAACUCAGACGAGAAAUCAUAGCGUCAAAUAAACAGAAGGAAUUAUGCGCAAAGUUCCAAAAAUGUUCUUUGGUCUGUUAUGCCGAGAACUCUAUCACCCGAGCCACUUUUAUUCAGAAAGAACUUUUCUAAUCAUGAACAAUAUACCAGUGAGUAGAAAAAUGUAGCAAGCAAUCAAAAGUGUUAGGAUGAAAGGUAUCAAACGACAAAGAUCGAAUAUAAAGGAAGAUUAGAAUAACUUAGUGAAAUAUAGACUUAAAAUAUGAAACUCAGUCAUCUUCUUAAAAUUCUUAACCAAAAGAAAUCUCAACUUAGAUUCAAGUAUGAAUUAAUUAGCAGGAAAAAUACUGAGCUAAAAACUUAGAUAAAUUUUCUCAACAAUGUAAAAGUUAAUGAAUGA